GUAGAUUUGCGCACCGCCAAUAAUCUACACAUGAAGAACAGUCUCCAAGCAACUGCGUUAGUUCAUUUUAAACUUCCAGGCAUGGCGGAGAAGAAAAUAUCGGUUCGCUCACAGGAUCCAAGUCAGCGGCGCGUACUGGACAGCGCCACGCGCCAGCGCCGUUUGACUCGCCAGCUCGAAGCUCUGGAGAAAGACAACUUCCAGGACGACCCUCACGCGAGCCUCCCUCAGCUGGUCAAACGGCUGCCGCAGUUCGACGAAAGCAACGAAUCCGGCAAGCGGAGGAAAAAGACAAGGGGUGAUCAUUUUAAACAAAGGUUUCGCAAAAACUUCCAGACUCUUCUGGAGGAGGAGGACUUGAGUGUAAGCGAGGGUCCAAACUACCUCACAGCCUGUGCUGAGCCCUCUAAGUUUCCUCAGAGGCAUUUCUGUGCUGUGUGUGGCUUUCCUUCAAACUACACGUGUGUUUCGUGUGGAGCUCGCUACUGCUGUGUCCGAUGUUUAGGAACACACCAUGAGACCAGGUGUCUGAAAUGGACGGUAUGAUUUGUUCAUCUGCGCUGACCUGCUGUCAAGCAAAACAAGCUUGAGAUUUGGGUAAUAUUGCAAUCAGAAGUUAUGCUCAUUCUCCAAUGUCAAGUGCGUCCCUAUAGUAUCACAGCUGCACAUUUGACUGCUGUUAUCAAGUUUUAGCCCUGGUACACAAGGCCGUUUCACCUCUGCACUACACUUACAGGCUCUAUUUUAUAUAAAAGAUUAUUAAAACAGAUAAAACAUUAGCCAAAACAAGAACAGCUGUUGAAGUAUUUCUGAAAAGAGAAAAUAUUACAGCAAAUAAGCAUUUGCUUGUUAUUGAAUAUAUGGAGAUAUGCAACGUAGUUGUCUUGAAAUAAACCCAAGGGGCAGAAUAGAGAAACUUGUACCUUGUGGUUACCAACAUCAAAAUGUGUACUUGCAGAACAAAAUCGCUCAUGUAGCUAAUAAGCAAGGGAAACUGCAGUUUGUAAAAUGACUUUUUUCCUGAGAAAGAUUGUAAUGUAAAUUUCUGUACAUAUGUUUAUAUCCAGUUGUAAUAAAAUGUCUGCAACAAUCAAGUUUAGAACUUUUUUGGU